AUGAAGAUCAGGGAAGAAAUAAAGAGGAAAAUAGACGGCCUGCUCCAGGAUUUUGACACCAGGUGGGUGCAAAGACUCGAUGAGUUGCUUUUGCAGCAGACUGCACUAUUUGAUGGGAGGAACGACACCGGCAGACCAGAUCUAAAUGACUCAAACGCACAACUUGCUCUGCCAGUCUUCACACCGCAAGUCUAUUUAGCAGACUUCGUCUCAGAUCCGCAGACUCUGCUCGAAUUCCGGAAUGAGGCUUUCCCACAGCUUCAGCGAUUUGAUCAGCGAGAAAGUUAUAUUAGAGCAGGCAGCCGUCUUCUGACCGCCUAUGACUGGCAGCACUGCGUGGCUUUGCUGAGACAUCCUAGUAUGAGAAGCUGGAUGUCGACUGAGAAGUCCGGAAUCCUAUGGGUAGACACCUACCAAAGCCACAAGCUAGACUGGGCUUCUGUCUUUUCCACACGCCUAGCAGAUGAUUGCGCACGACUUGAUUACUCCAUGGCAUUAGCACAUUUUUGCCAAGGACACUCCACAGGAAAUGCGAUUACCACAGCCGCUAUCCUGAUUCAGUCUUUGAUCUCCAAAUCUAUCUCACUCCAUCGUGAGCAAUUCACAGUUCGGACGGUUGAACUGACUCAACAGCAUUUUCAAGAUGCGCAAAACGAUGUAGAAGAACUCUGGGCGUUGUUUCUAGAAAUCCUCGAGGUAGCAGCAAAAGGGAAGUGUGUAUGGAUCGUUGUCGAUCACGUCGAUAUCCUACAGCAGGAGACGAAUCUGAAGGGGCUGGAAAACGCACUUGCGCUCCUCAGAAAUCUCAACGCAUUGGCCGAUGACCCUGCUAUAACAGUCAAAAUUCUUAUCACCGCCAGGAUACGGGAUGCUGCACGUCUAUCAACAAAGAUUGCAGAAGCAAGGAUCUUGGCUAGUCGCCAUGCUAUCAUAACCGUUCCUAGGGGCCAUCAUCGGAAUGAAGCUACACUUUUAGCAAAGUCGUCGAAGAAAAUCUCACGGCUACCGGAGCCAAACGUGUCUCUAGAACUUCCUACGAGCCUCGUGUCUGUCGAAUCUCUCCUCGCUGACACUGAUUCUGAAAGCGAUUGUUUGGAGGAAAGAACAGCCAAAACAAGGCAUACAGCUAAGAGGAAGCCGGAAACGGCGACUGCGCCAAAGGAGGUUGAUGAUGAUACUGGGGAGUCGGAUUCUGCCUCGUUAUUCGACCCCUUCGCAAGCUCCGACGACAGUGAACCAACAUCUAGAAGCAAAAAGGCGGCUCAGCAUUCUUGUUCUAGUGAAGACAGCGCUGAUGAAUACUUCUCUCAAACGAGGCCCUUUGGCGAUUUUGCUAAGGAGAUAGGAUGGGAAUCCACAGACGAUGAGGAUCAUUUGAGAAAGCAAGCUAUAUCUCCUCUUACACCAAAGAUCGUGGUCGCAUUCUCGGAGCAUUCACCACGCAGCGGGGCCUCCAGGUCAGGAUCCGACAAGGAUGGUGUUAACGCCGGUGCCAACGAAAUGAAAGCACAACCCGACCUGUCAACACCUAAGGCAGCAGAUUCUGGAAGCAUGUCCCAAAUCCAUAACAGUCUUCCCAAUGACAGUGACAGCGAUGGCGCUUUCUCACAUCUCGUCCAUCAGAUGGGCCUCUUCGCCCUCGCGUUUGCAUAUGCAGGUCGUCACAUCAUACGUCAAUUCAGAUGUGCUCUUUCGAGUCUACUAGAAGGCCCCUGGAAGGCGCCUCCAAGAAAGGCCCAUGUAACAUAG